CCACAGUGUGUUCAUUGAACGAUGUCUUCAUGGAUCAAAAGCUUGAACCUCCUGCUUUGUCUGUCUGUUUUAUACGGAGAAGCAGCACACCUUCGGAUUGGUGUUCCAGAAAACUAUGAUGGUAUUUUCCCUUGGUACCUCACCAAGCUGCCUGAUCUUCCCUUAACCCAUGCUGAUCUGGUGGUAACUGGUGAUGAUGAGGGGAUUUUUGGAGUAGAGUCAGGCUUCCUGUACGCCCUAAAACCACUGGACCGGGAGAAGAAGCCAUCAUACUCCCUGCAAGUGUCCUUCAUGGCAUCCAUGCACCCGCAGAGCUUUAGUGUAGAGGUGUGCGUCAUCGACAAGAACGACAACGUGCCCAUGUUCCUGCAAGAGAGCAUGAGAGGCACUGUUCAACUGGGUCUUCUGAAAGGGAUCCCCUUCAUGCACGUUGGGGCUUUAGACCGCGACGACCGAAACACACCCCACGCAGAUCUUCGUUUUCGUCUCCUAGACCAGAUGCCUCGCAUCCCGGCCAGUCACAUGUUCCACAUAGAUGCAACCAGUGGGGAGGUGUCUCUCACAGAGGAUGGCGCUUCUGCACUGGAUCCUGAAAUGUGUGGUCGCUAUAAGCUCUCAGUGAUGGUCCAAGACAUGGGCGGAAAAGCCAACGCUUUCUUCUCCACUGGUACUGUGUUGGUAGAGGUGACUGGGAACACGUGGGCUUCACCCGACCCGGUCCGGUUACAGGAGAACCUACCAGGCCCGUACCCUAUCCCUAUUUCUCAGGUGAAAUGGAGUGGGAGUUUGGUAGAGUACAGCCUGGAGGGGGAGUUUCCAGAGAUGCUUUUCACCAUCAGUAGAGAAGGAGUCAUCUACCUGAAUGCACCUCUGGACCGAGAAACCCAAGAUCAGUUCCUGAUCAGUAUAGUAGCAGAGAGACCAGAUGGCAGGAAGAUCGCAAAACCUGUCGAGCUCAGGGUCAUGGUGGGAGAUGCAAAUGACAACAGACCGACCUUCCCACAGAUGCAGUACCACACUGUUGUCAAAGAACUCGCACAGAAAGGAACUGAGAUUCUCACAGUUCAGGCGGCCGAUAACGACGACCCCAAGACGGAUAAUGUGCGGAUCUUCUACCGGUUGGCAGGGCAGGUGCCAGAAAGCCCACGCCAACUUUUCCGUGUGGACCGAGAUUUGGGGGUGAUCACAGUGCAAACCGACAGCAUGGAGGGCACGGCACCACAAUACACACUCACAAUCAUCGCUGAGGAUGCUAAAGGACUGAACAGCUCCUGCACAGUGAUAGUUAAAGUUCUGGACGAGAACAACAACCCACCUGUCUUCUCUCAGCAUGAGUACGGCCCAUUUCACUUGGCGGAGGAUGCCCCGGUGGGUGCCACGGUGACGGCGGUGGCAGCGUGGGAUGCUGAUGAAUGGGGUGGGGACAGCUGGCUGGUCGACUAUCGACUAGAGUCCGGGAACGAGGACGAGGUCUUCUCUCUGGUGACAGACAGACAGAAUAACGAGGUCUCUCUUGUCCUCGCUAAGGUUCUGGAUUUUGAGCGAGAGAGUGAGUACAUCCUGGUGCUCAGUGCUCAGAACCCCGUGGCGCUGGUGAGAGGAAGGUACGGACCCGCAUCCACCGCCACCGUCUCCAUCUACAUCGACGACAUUAACGAGGGCCCUGUUCUCUCCCAGAGUCACUACGAGGUCACAGUCAGAGAGGGGGAGGAGCCAGGAAGGGUCAUAGCUACAAUUAGGGCUUACGACCCCGACUCCCAUCCAGUCAGGUACUCACUGAGAGGGGACACCAAGAAGUAUUUCUCCAUCGGAAAGUACUCAGGAGAGCUGAAGACUGUGCAGGCUUUAGACAGAGAGGAGAACAGUACCUACACCAUGGAGGUGGUGGCUGAGGACGGACGGAACUCGUCUCUGUCUGCCUCCACAGUAGUGACGGUGCAUAUACUAGAUGUGAAUGAUAACAGCCCUGUUCUGGUGGGCAAUUACUCCUGGAAGUACCUUUGUACUCCACGAUUGGAGGAUCAAGCCCUAGUCCUGGCGUCUCGUGACAGCGAUGGACCGCAGCACGGUGGCCGGCUGAACUUCUCGCUCAGCAGCGAGCCUACAGUUCGACGCAACUGGAAACUCACACCCAUUAACGACACUCACACUAACCUGUCUCUGAACAUGGACUAUCUGACUCCUGAGGUUUACACUGUGCCCUUCACCAUCUCAGACAGCAGCUCUCCUCCCAGAAGCACCUACAUUAACUUGCCUGUAACCGUGUGCACGUGUAACGUGAGAGGGAACUGCCGCACUGCAGUGAAGCAGCUUGCUGGGAUGCCCACAAUCCAGUCCACACUUGGAGUCCUGCUUGGAACUCUGGGAGUUAUAGGGAUCAUACUGAUAGUGAUUUUUGUAAGACUCUCCUACCAGAAGCCUCCACCAAGCGGAAAAAGCAACCAGGACACGACGCCUCUCCACGUCUCGCUCUAACUCAUCGGUCAGCUGGAUCCAGUGUUUGGCUUCCACUAAUCACACAAAGGCAGCAAUAAGUGUGUUUUCACUUUCAUAGCAUAUUUUUCUCUCCACAUUGAAGUGCGCUACUGUUUAUUUCCCUGUUCAUUUAACCUUUAUGAAUAUUAAUAUUUAAUGAGCUAAUAGAAGUGUAUAGUGUGAGCCAAGGUGCAGGACUGUGAAACACUUCUUUAUGGGUUUUUACUGUAGACUAGUCUGUGCUUCUUGUUAUUUACUGUAUAUACAAUCAUAUCUAAUUAUAGUCUUCCUACAUUUAGGAUUUAGCAGGAUUCUCUGAUGUUUACUUGAUCUGAGCCUGUGUGAUAACGUCUUACUUUUAUACUUCAUUGCAGAACUUUAUAAUAAAUGGAAUAAUCAGGAAAUGAAAUUCAUGCACACCUUCCGCUGUAUCAUGAGUUAAAUCCAACUGAAAUAAAACAUCCAAGAAAAUAAAGCUAUGCUGCACGUAUGCAUAGAUGUUCUCCAAAGGGGUUGCUGAACGCUUAAACUCUUCUUUGUAUUGAAGCUUUCAUAAGCGAAGAGAUUAAAUGAGCUCUUUCUGGAUGAUAAAAUGAAGGGGGCUGGGAGGAUUACCCAUGCAAACCCGUCCCGCUUCCCCCUCCCUUCCAUAACCCAUAUUAUUGCAAGAAGUCGAGAGCAGAGAGUGACCGAUGUGACCUUCUGAGCAGGCUAUAUAUAAACCUGC